AUGGCGGCGGCGGUGCGCGGGGGGCGGAGCCCCGCCUCUCCCCCGCCAUGUCCCGCCCGUCCCCCGCCGCCCCCGGAGCUGCCGGCCGAGGUGACGCCGUCGCCGGGCUCCUCCUCGUCCGUCCCUCGGCGCUACACCCUGGCCGAGCACCCCGGGGCGGCGCUGGCCGCCAUGAACGAGCUGCGCCUGCAGGGCCACCUGUGCGACGUGACGCUGCGGGUGCGGCGCGACGGGCGCGACGCGGCGCCGGCCGAGCUGCGGGCGCACCGCGUGGUGCUGGCGGCCGCCAGCCCCGUGUUCCGCGCCAUGUUCACGGCCGGGCUGCGCGAGCGGGGCCAGGCCGAGGUGCCCAUCGAGGGCGUGCACCCGCGGGCCAUGGAGCGCCUGGUGGAGUUCGCCUACACGGCGGCCGUGGCGGUGGGCGAGCGCUGCGUGCUGCCGCUGCUGCACGCCCUCAUGUACCAGGUGGACGCCGUGGUCGGGGCGUGCUGCGCCUUCCUGGGCGGGCAGCCACCCAGCAACGCCAUCGGCAUCGCCGCGCUGGCCGAGCGCCUGGGCUGCCCGGAGCUGCAGCAGAAGGCGCGGGAGUACAUCUACAUGAACUUCGCCGAGGUGAGGAGGGGGUUUGGGGGGCAGGAGGAGUUCCUCUCGCUCUCCCACUGCCAGCUGGCCGCCCUGGUGAGCCGCGACGAGCUGAACGUGCGCUGCGAGUCCGAGGUGUUCCAGGCCUGCGUCUCCUGGGUGCAGCAGGACCGGGAGGCGCGGGCGCCCUUCCUGCCGGCGCUGCUGCGCGCCGUGCGCUGCCACGCGCUCACCCCGCGCUUCCUGCGCGCGCAGCUGCGCCGCCGCCGCGACCUGGGCCGCGACGCCCUGCGCUACCUGGCCAGGGUCUUCCGCGACCUGGCGCUGCACCGGCCGCAGCGGGACCCCCCCGGCAGGACCCCCAAGGUGCGGCAGCUGAUCUACGCGGCCGGGGGCUACCUGCGGCGCUCGCUGGGCACGCUGGAGGCCUUCGACCCCGCCGAGGGCUCCUGGGUGCGGCUGGCGGCGCUGGAGACGCCGCGCUCGGGGCGGGGCUGCGCCGUCGGGGGGCUGUUCUACGCCGUGGGCGGCAGGAACAACUCGCCCGAGGGCAACGCCGACUCGGCGGCCGUGGACUGCUACGACCCCGUCAGCGGGCGGUGGUCGCCCCGCGCCCCCAUGAGCGUCCCCCGGAACCGCAUCGGCGUCGGCGUCAUCGACGGGCUCAUCUACGCCGUGGGGGGGUCCCACGGGUGCACGCACCACUGCUCGGUGGAGAGGUACGAGCCCGAGCGGGACGAGUGGCUGCAGGUGGCGCCCAUGGGGACGCGGCGCAUCGGCGUCGGCGUGGCCGUGCUCCACCGGCUGCUCUACGCCGUGGGCGGCUUCGACGGCAGCGCCCGGCUGCGCUCGGCCGAGCGCUACCACCCCGAGAGGGACAGCUGGCAGCCCAUCGCGCCCAUGGGCUCCGUGCGCAGCGGCGCCGGGGUGUGCGCCCUCGGGAACUGCCUGUACGCCGUGGGGGGCUACGACGGCGCGCAGCAGCUGCGCAGCGCCGAGCGCUUCCGGGCCGACACCGAGACCUGGAGCUUCGUGGCGCCCAUGGGACACCGCCGGAGCGCGCUGGGCGUCACCGCCUUCCGCGGCAGGAUCUACGUCCUGGGGGGCUACGACGGCCACUCCUUCCUGGAGUCGGUGGAGUGCUACGACCCCGGCGCCGACGCCUGGACCGAGGUGGCGCCGAUGCCGUCGGGGCGCAGCGGCCUGGGGGUGGCCGUGGCCGUGGAGCCCCGCCGCCCCGAGCCCCCCCCCGAGGAGCAUGAGGAGCCCCCCCCGGGCCGGCCCCGCUGACCCCGGCGCCGCCGGCGGGGCUGGGGGGGGCUCCCCAACUCCGCCUUCAUCCCAAAUUUAAACAAACCCCCCCAAAUCCAUCCCCCCGCCGGCGGCGGAGCGAGGGGUGCAGGGGAGGGGAGGGGGCGUCACCGAGACCCCAGACCCCCCAACCCCCUUC